CAGGUAGCUCGCAGUUGUGGGGCAAACCACCCAGAAGCUUUGUCUUCCACCAAGUUAAGGAAGCACUUGGCAACCAUGUCCAAAAUUCUUAACCUGAAGGACAACGAGAUGGAUGACCUCGCUGAGUUCCUGGGCCAUGACAUAAGGGUGCAUCGCCAGUAUUAUAGACUUCCGGAGGGCACGUUACAGCUCGCAAAAAUCAGUAAGGUCCUCAUGGCACUGGAACGAGGUCAGCUGUCGCAGUUUCAAGGAAAGAAUCUUGAUCAGAUCAACAUGGAUCCACAAGAGAAAAUGCCAGUGUACAGUGACCCUUCUGACAGUGAAGCAGAUGAUGACAUGAGAGAGGAAGAUGCAGCUCCUUUUUCACCGUCACCUUCACCUACACCUUCACCUUCACCUUCACCUUCUGCCUCAUCAUCAUCAGGCAAAUCCAGGGUGAGCAGGAAAUCCUUUCAAGCUGGACCAAACUAUCCACAUCCAGCCAAAGAUGAUGAGAUGCCAUUGGCGGGCGAAGUGUCUGAAAAAUGUCAAAGUAAAAAAGGUUCAUCACAAGCCAAGAGAAAAAAGUGGUCAGACGAGGAAAUCCAGGCUGUUGAGGAGACGCUCAUGGACUGCAUCAUGAGAAGAAAGGUUCCUGGUAAAGCCCAGUGUCUGCAGUGUAUAAAUACUUCACCCACAGCCCUUCAAGACAGGAGUUGGGAGGCAGUUAAGUUCUAUGUGAAAAAUCGCAUUGAUGCUGAAAAGCGGGAAUCCCUGAAACAGAGGUAAACCUUGGACACAGACUAUUCGCUGUCACCUGCAAUCAUGGCUUCACGUGAAAAAAAGGCUUGAGGGAGCUUUUUGGUACAGAAGAGGAUCAGGGCCACUGUAAAAAAUUAAACCUUGAUUGAGGUCCAAUAUAUAUUUAAUUUACA